AAGGGUUGCGCAUUUUCCCCCUAAGGAUUGUUUUGAGUUUUUUGUGACUUAAAUGGCAGAAACUUGUCUUUUUGUGGAAAAUUCUGAAAGUAGUUCUACAAAACAAGAAGACCCUAGUGCUUUGACAAGAAGACUUACUCCUAAAAAGCUGAGAACUCCAGAAGAACUGGAGGCUGGUCAGUUAAAGGCAGACGAAAACAGGGCAAAGUUAUUUUCAGACCAAAGUCGUCGUUGCGCAGAAAAAGUGAAGAAAGCACUAGAAGUUGCAAAGACUGCCAGGGAAGAACUGGAAGCCACCGUGAAAGCAAAGAAGGAAUUGUUGGAGAGAAAAUUGAAAGAUGCUGAAUUGCGGAGAAAACAGUAUCUUGAGGCUUCUCGCCAAAGUGCGAGACAACAUUCAGCAAAGGUCAGCGAUGUUGCCUCAGAAAUGAACAGAAUGAAGAGGACGGACAUGUUACGUCUUUGUGCACACAUUCAAACGCAAUUGUGGAAUGCAGACGCUCGUCGUUCUAGAAGGCUUGCAAUGAGGGCUAGGAGAGCUUCUAAUUUUUCUUUAUCAAAGUGCAGUCCGCCUCUAUCGAGAAAUCGGAGUUCAGAUCACGAAGAAACUAUAGUGCAACUUGAAAGAGAGCAAAAUGCAGCUAGCAUCAUUCAAUUUUUUUGGAGAUUUCUUCAUGUUCAAAGGAAAUUUCGCGAGUUGGGUCUGUCCGUGAACGAUUGUCUUGUAGACGGAUUUGAAUCAACAAAGCUGAAGAUUCAACGCUAUGAAGCAGUUCAAGCUGCUGGAAUGACUCUUAGGCUUUUACAUUCGCACGCAUAUCUCUUGUCAAAUGACGAAGCUCGUCGACUAGCCAAACUAUUUUUGACAAGUUUUGUCAUAGCAGCUCAUCCUGAGCACGUUUUGGAUAGUCCUGACACUGGUUUAGAAAGGUCUAUCGCUGAUUCAGCAAAGUCGUUAUUGAAAUGUCUGACGAACAAUAAGGAAGAUCCUUUUUCAUGUGCUGUGAAAGCUCGCGCGUUGUGGACCAAAUAUCGUGUACAGUUUGAUGAAUGGGAAAGAAAUGACCGAGAGCGGUUAAUUAAUGGUAUGAUAACCGAUUAUGUAGGAUUGGAGCGUUUGAAAGUUGGUGUGGUGGAGAGAGAUUCAAGGACAUAUGGCUCCAACAAAUCACAUAGAGAUUCUGCUCUUUUAGCUCAUUCCCAAACGAAGUCUUUCUCUAUAUGGUCAGCUCAAAUCGAAAAACGACAAAACAAGUUGAAAAAAGCGCUCAGAAGAAUUGGAGGAUUAGAAGUGCUUCAAAGACUUGAAGAAAAAUUGAGAAUUUCUUUUUCACUAGAAAGUGAGGAAACGAAUGGCUCAGUGGUGCCAAUAGAAGAUUCAUCUUUGAGAAGAGAGAAUAAAACGCAAGUCCAAGACAGUGAUAAUGCGUUGGCACAGAGCCUUUUAAAUGAAGUUUAUGCUCAUGAAAUGAUGGUGGACCUCGAUAUGUUUUUGAGAAAGCUUAGGACACCUAGAAGUUAUCAGCAGAUGUUGGAAAUAGCCAAGAGAGCAUUUCGUGACCAUUUUCACAACUUGCUUAGCAGUGCAAUUGAAGAAGAUGCCUCGAACCAGCAAGCAUUGGUUAGGGAACGGUUUGGCGACCUUGUUCAAAGUCUCAAAAUGAAACUAGUUUCACUUCUCCCCCAAAAAUCGAAUGCCAACAUAGACGUCAUCCGUUCUAGUCUGGAUUCUUCAUUUGACUUGGAGUUGAUCGAACAAAUGCUGAAGCACGAUGCAUUUUCAGCAAGGGACUUUCAAGGACUGCUACAGUUGGUCGCAAACGUUUUAAAAAAUGUACAAGCUCCUCAUCAAGAUCAAUACGUGGAAAGAAGUGUGCAAGUUUGGCUAAAGGAGGUGGAAGAGGUUGAGAAGAAGAAUAGAAAAGAUUCUUUAUCUUCAACGGUGCGAACAAUGAACCUGAUUUCUUCGAUGUUUUCAAUUAUGUGCGAAAUUUUUGAUUUGCUCGAAGAAACAGAGCGCUCGAUUAUUAUAGCGAAAAUGAAAAUUUUGGCUCCUAUCGUACAGAAACAUGGACCAGAAUGGGAGCGUGCUCAUUUUGAACAAAAGAUCGAACAGUCUAUUUUUGAUGAGAAACUUCCAGUAACACGCACUUGGUUGGAGAACUCUAUAGGGUUUAUUAGGGAACAAUUCACAACUUUGAAUCUACAGGCAGUCACGACUGGUAGUCAAACAGCUCUCCAAAACGUAGUUGGUGCCGCACUAGUAUAUCUUAUCGAAAAACCGUACAGUUUACCAGUUGAAGAAGUUCCAGAAGUUUUGAGGUUGGAUCAUGAGCGAAUUUUUAAUCUUCAGAAUGACGUGCAGCGUCUUUCCCUCUUAUCUGCUUUAGAUUUAAUCCUCAGAAGGUUCACGAAUGAUAAAGUGGGAGUCCCUGUUGCAUGUGAUUUGAAGAGUAUGAAUAUAUGUUUGAAGGACAGUAAUGCUUCCUUGAAAGAUAUUGAGAAGCAAUUACUUUUAUGUGUUCACGAAUGUCUAGAUGAUCCCGAAUCGGAAGGCUCUUCUGACCCUUCAAGUCCUCUAACGGAUGAUGAUGAGAAUUUUUUGCGUCGUAUGCUUAAGAAGGCUGCUCGUUUGGAAGAUCCUGUUUUUAGCAUUUUGAAGCGUCGUAUUUUGGACUCUCUUCGAAAGCAGUUUCUACUAAGUCCUAACAUUGUUACCGAUGAUUAUCAUUUGCGCUCUCUUGGUUUGUCAGCCAUUGUGCAAGAUUUUCAUGAUAUGAUGAAUGAGUUGCACAAAAUAAGUUCUCAUCUUGUUAAGGUGCAUAACCAAAGAUUGUUGAAAAUCGUGUUAGAUAUUGUUAGCUAUGAUUAAGGUAUCUCUUGUUGCAAUAAAAUAUGUUUUUUAUUG